UGGCGAGAUAAGGAUAUCCUUUUUAAAGCACAAUGAAAUCGUAUUCAAUGAGAUAUACUUGGAGUUGGCAAUAGUCGAGGCAGAAUGUGGCCAGAGGUCAUUGUGUUGAUGAUCACCACAGCUGUGGCCGUCUAUGCGGACAUCAAUAUCCCUAUUACUGGCCACUGGAGCGGAGGAUUUCAAGGCAAAGGCUGCUUCGACAUCACACAAGAGAUGCACUCCUGGACAGUUACGUUGACUUUUGACCAGCCUCUGACAAGUCUAGAUGUGUACACGGCGGACAUUGUCCAGACACUGGACGGCGGUAAGGUGUUUGUCUUACAUAACAAGGCCUGGAAUAAAGAUGAGCACGUCGGUGACCAACUCUGUAUAGAGUUUCAAGGACACGGAUCUGGAGACAUCAGUCCGGUAGUAACCGGUGCUCUUCAGGCUGGUGACGUCAGCGGCAACCCUAUCACAGGGACACCAACACCCACAGCCACUACUUCAACGACCACAUCUUCUACCACAUCGACCACCUCAACGACAACGUCAACUACAACACCAUCGACCACACACUCAGUGACGCCAACGCCAGCUGGUGAUACGUCAUCCCAUUCAACAACAGCCAGUGCAUCUGCAAGUACUGCUACGCCAACAGCUUCAGCUCUUACGACAAGUCACUCACCUAGAACUACGCUGCCCCCUAGUCGUACCUACGACUCAGACAUGGUAUUUGUGGAGGACAAGGGAGACUUCUUUUACGCCGAAUUUAAAUUCACUGUGGAUGAGGAGAUGUUGGGCUGGAUAGUGAACAUUACAUUUGAUGGACCCAUCAACUUUAUUGAGAGCGGUAAUGGAGUCAUUGAAAAAAUAUCAGAAGACAAGCUCCACUGGACAAUGGUCAGCUUUGGUCACCAGGCGCACUUACCCAAAGGAUCAACAUAUUUACUUUUUAUUGCCGCCAACUAUCACGGACACACGAUACCCCAUGCUCACGCCACAAUGACCAAUAUGGGAAGAGAUAAGUGGUCAUUUAGUCCUGCACCUACAAGUGAUACAUCCAAGUACAACUACAACGACGUCCUGUUCAAGUCUAUUCUGUUUUAUGAAGCUCAAAGAACUGGCAAACUUCCAGCCACGAACAGACUGCCUUACAGAAACAACUCUCUUGUUGGCGACAAAGGAGAUGGCGGUGAAGAUCUGUCUGGAGGUUACUUCGUAGGUCAUGGUCACGUCAAGUUCAACUUCCCCAUCGCCUAUUCCGCAACCAUAUUGUCCUGGGGGUACCUGUUAUAUGAGGAGGCUUAUAAAGCUGCAGGACAAGAGGACCAUGUCCUAGAAAGUAUCAAGUGGGCGCUGGACUAUCUGAUCAAAUGUCACACCAAGCCAGAUGAGCUCUAUGUUCAGGUCAGUGACUACAUUGAAGACUAUUGGGCCUGGAACCAGCCUGAAUUCUAUCUUGGAGAACGACCGCCCUAUAAAAUAAACGACACGCAUCCAGGCACAGACAUCGCCAUGGAAACGGCUGCCGCCUUUGCUGCGGGCUCUCUUGCCUUCAAAACCAAAGAUCCUUCCUAUUCAGCCACACUGUUGACUCACGCUAAACAACUCUGGGACUUUGGAAACAAAUAUCACGGACUUUAUAGUGACUCUAUUGUUAUGGCCGCUUACAAUUAUAGCUCCCACGGCUUUAACGAUGAGAUCUGCUGGAGCUCUCUGUGGCUGUACCAGGCAACCAAUGACAACACUUACCUCACUGCAGCAGAGCAACACUUUGACCCACUUCCAGCUCCAGACAUGUCCUGGGACAACAAGACUGCCGCCAAUCAGGUUCUUCUGUACAAACUGACCAAAGAUGACAAAUACAAGACGGCCGUAGAAGACACAUUUCACUACUGGUUCCCUGGAGGUUCUAUUCCGUACACUCCUAAAGGUUUGGCUCACAGAUCGGACAGGGCGGCACUCAGCAGUGCAGCAAAUAUGGCCAUGUUGGCCCUGAUAGCUGCAGAUGCUGGCCUCCAUGCUACUGAGUACAGACACUGGGCCAUGUGUCAAAUACAUUAUGCUUUGGGAGACACAGGGUUCAGCUACGUGGUUGGAUUUGGUGAUGACUAUCCUUUGAGACCAUAUCAGAGAAUUAGCAUGUGCCCCAACCAUCCUGCCCAUUGUUCUCCCGAAGUCCUACUUGCAGAAAUGCCCAACAUACACAUUCUUUAUGGCGCCCUUGUCGGAGGUCCAGGGGCCAAUGACGAGUACCUGGACAAGUUUGACAGCGUUCUAAACAACGAGGUCACCAUAGAGUUCAACGCUGGUUUCCAAACGGCUGUAGCUGCUUUGAAAUCACUUUGGAUAAAAUCUCAGCAUCCAGAACAAUUGAAUGACGCUCAGUGUCCAUAUAUAGGAGGCGCUGAUGUUUUCGGCAGACGAUGAAAUAGUCUGGAGCAACUUCUGUCGUAGUCGUAAUUGACAUAGUUCUAGAUCUACUAGUAAGGAUUUCAACAAAUGAACAGCGUGUCUAGUUACCAGAACUAUAAGUGCUAGUCAGGACAGACUAAAGGAAUGCUCAAUGGUCAUUGUCAUAUGCACAAUAAAAAUUAAACUUUUCAAAUGUAUUUAAAUUCA